AUGGACAUUCAAAGAAGAGUUGAUUCAAAGAUUCAAGGCCCGCCCAACAAAAACCACAAAAAGAAUGUUAGAACUGAUUUAGUCAUUGUGUUGUUUAUCAGUGUGAAGGAGAUAGUGGAAAGGCAUCACCUGCACUCUAAGAACCUCCAGAAACUUGAUGAACCUUCGCUCGAGCUGCAGCUAGAGAACGGCAACUAUGCCAGGUUGAACAAGGAAGUCAUCGAGAAGAGCCAUCAACUGAGGAGAAUGAGAGGAGAAGAUCUUCAAGGGUUAAGUAUAGAGGAAUUGCAGCAGCUAGAGAAAUCCCUUGAAACUGGAUUGAGACGUGUGUUAGAAAGAAAGGGUGAACGAAUUAUGGAGGAGAUUGGCGCCCUUCAAAGAAAGGGAUUACAAUUGGAGGAGGAGAAUGAACGAUUGAGACAGCUGGUGAACUUAUCCAAAGGCCAGAGGCAUUUUGCCCCUGAAUCUGAGAACAUGGUCCAUGAAGAAGGCCAAUCAUCAGAAUCAAUUACUAAUAUCUCUAGCUCCUUUGGUCCACCUCAAGAUAACGACAGUUCUGAUACUUCUUUGAAGCUUGGGUUACCUUACUCCAAUGGAAUUUGAAGGAUGAUGCUGGUGGAGAUUAUUUUUAGUGCAAAAGAGGAAGGCUAAUAUAGACUAAAAAUUCUAUAUUUUCCAUUUAAGUCAAAGCUUGUUUAAUCCCCCUCCCCUCCCUUCUUUGGUAAGCAUGAAAACAAGUAUAUUAACUCGACCAACUUAAAGGAAAGCUCAAAAUUACAUUAUGGUUAUAGUGUUGUUAUAGUAGAAUACAAAACUAGCUUUGUAUGUAUGUGUUUUGUAAAGUCCUAUUCUCA